GAAUGCAUGAUUUUUGACCCAGUCCAGGGGAGGAAUGUAUCUAUGAGGCGCAUUGGGUUCCUCGUCGACAAGAUCAAGCAGCUCUCUAAGGAGGCGCUUUCAGAGAGUCACCCAGAAAACCCCAAACAAGCACUUCUGGAUCCAACGGUUCUCGUUCCUUUGAAUAAAGGGAAACUGGAAACAACAUCGGCAGUUCUCUCCAAGCAUACCUCCACCCUUUUCUUUGGCCGCUGGACCUCCCCGGGCUGUCUUCGAAGCUUCCUGCGUCAAAAGGAAGCAUAUGUACUGCCGAAAGAUAUUCAUCGAGCCAACUACUUCUCUACGUACCUUCUUGAAGGGUCAGGCUCUCUCCCCGUCGCGCCUCCACCCAUGUCCACGGCAAUCAGCCUGUUCCAGCUCUUUGCCCGGUCUGCAAACGUAUUCUACCCGAUCCUGCAACCAGCCAAGCUGGACGAAAUAUUGGCACAGUGUUACGCUAAUAAUGACCGCUAUGUUAAGCCUCAUACCCGAGAAUUCUUCUUUCUCGUUCUCGCCGUGUCCUCGCGUAUUGGCCAAGUCGGCCAAGCAAACCCGUCCACGCAAGCGGAGGGCUACUUCCGCAGUGCCAUCUCCGAAAUGAGCACAACAUGCAAUCACGCAUCACGGGCCGAGAAUAUUGCUCUCCUGCAGAGGACUCUUUUGAUCUGCCUGUAUCUACUUCUCAGUCCAGGGUCAGGCGAUGUGUGGCGGCACCUCGGAUUUGCUAUUCGUCACUUCUUCGACCUGGCGCACCGGCCGUCCAUGGAAGAGGAUGAGUUCCACGAUAUUCUAUGCACCCUAACGAGGACACUAUACUGCCUAGAGAGUCAGCUAUCCAUCGCAUUUGGGCGGCCAAGUUUGCUAAACAUUGGCGAUGCUCUUCGACAGGAAUUGGCCAACAGGGCAACGGAUAAUCUAGAGGAACAGAUUUCCAUAUUUUCGUAUCUGAUAUCUCUGCAUAUGUUACAAAUACACAGCGCUCUCCUCCAGCACGACUCACAAUCAGUAAAGGAGGCCACUUCCAUAUGUCGAAGCACCGCAGAGGAGGCACGCGAGUACUGCCGAGCUCUCGACGAGUGGCUCGUCCGCUGGAAGGAAUUUGUCGAGACCGUUCCGGACAACGACGACGACGGCGUAUCUAGGUCCGAACUCUCCGCCUGGGGCCAGUUCCAUUACCACAUUGCUAUCUUUCGCGCCUCUCUCCUCUGGCCGACGUCAGAGGGCAGAACGAUGAUGCUGUGCCGCGCCGUGGCCGACACAGGCCUUGAACUCUUCCGACAUCAGCGGCUCUUCGCACGGUUGUACUCCGGAGGGCGGAAUGGGAGGCUGCCACCCUUGGUGUUCCCCCUGAGCUGGACAAUGGGUCAUGCUGUUCUCGGACUGGGGCUCUCCGCUAUUUCUGGUGGUUUAAGUUAUGGGGACGAAGCGGAGAGAACAUCUUCGCUGAGCCGGUGUUCGGUACUACUCGCGGUUCUGGAGGCAGACACGGACUAUCUCUUAGCUGGUCUGAGUCGGAUCUUUGAUAAGUUGCGAGAAUGA